AUGUAUUCUCCCUUAAGCAGAGCUGGAAUAAGUGGCGGUCCUGGAGGUGGUGGGGGCGGAGGUGAAACAACAAGUUCUGCUAGUGGAUCUCCACGACCAAGAGCACAAACUCCAGGAACCGUGGCUGGACUUGAUCUUUUGCCUCUUAGCACAAGCGAUGAAGUUUCCAGAAGAAGGGAGGUGGCUCUGCGACAACACUCCUUUUUUCAACUGCGGAUUCACCUUCGAAGAGGACAGGGGUUGGCCGCCAUGGAUAAAAACGGUUUGAGCGAUCCUUACGUAAAAUUCAAAUGUGGUGGAAGAUUAGUGUAUAAAUCCAGAACUGUAUAUAGAGAUUUAAACCCUAUUUGGGACGAAAGCUUUACGGUGCCUAUAGAAGACCCUUUUGUUCCUAUUGGAAUAAAGGUUUUCGAUUAUGAUUGGGGCCUGCAAGAUGAUUUUAUGGGAUCAGCUACUUUGGAUCUCACCACAUUGGAAUUGGCGAAAACAGCAGAGUUAUCCCUAGCUUUGCAGGAUCCAUCAAGGCCGGACGCUUCGUUGGGAGAAAUCAUUUUGGCUGUGACGCUUCAUCCUAAAACUCAAGAGGAUAAAGAACAGUACUUCCAAAAAACCAGUAGAACACAAGAUGUAAAUAAAAGACUUAAAUCGCAAAUAUGGAGUUCAGUAGUUACGAUAGUUUUAGUGGAAGGAAAGAAUCUUUUACCUUGUGAUCCAGAAACGGCAACUUCAGAUCCUUACUGUAAAUUUAGAUUGGGAAAUGAAAAGUACAAAAGUCGUGUCGUAUGGAGAUCAUUAAAUCCAAGAUGGUUAGAACAGCUAGAUCUGCAUUUAUACGAUGAUGGAGACCAACAGUUAGAAAUUACAGUAUGGGAUAAGGACAGGGCUAGAGAUGACUUUAUAGGAAGGUGCGUUAUUGAUUUAACCAAUUUUGAACGCGAAAAGACGCACAGUAUUUGGCAAGAAUUAGAGGAGGGAGCUGGAUCAUUACAUUUACUCCUUACAAUCAGUGGUACUACCGCAUCCGAGACAAUAUCUGACUUAACCACUUACGAAGAUAAUCCUAGAGAAAAGCAAAAUCUAGUCGAUAGAUACGCAUGGCACAGGACUUUUCACAAUAUCAAGGACGUCGGUCACCUCACCGUAAAAGUAUUCAAAGCACAAGGUUUGGCUUCCGCGGAUCUUGGUGGAAAAAGUGAUCCUUUCUGUGUAUUAGAAUUGGGAAACGCCCGACUUCAAACCCAAACUGAAUAUAAAACGCUAACGCCGUCAUGGAAUAAAAUUUUCACGUUCAACGUCAAGGAUAUCAAUAAUGUUCUAGAGAUUACUGUAUUCGACGAAGACCGAGACCACAAAGUAGAAUUUUUAGGAAAGAUUGCAAUUCCUCUCCUACGAAUACGAAAUGGAGAAAAAAGGUGGUUUGCUCUAAAGGAUAAAAAACUACGAACGAGGGCGAAAGGGAAUGGACCACAAAUUCUUCUGGAAAUGAUAAUUCAGUGGAAUCCUAUUAGAGCAUGUAUAAGAACUUUAAAUCCAAGGGAGGAGAAAUAUAUGCAAACUGAAGUAAAGUUUAAGCGGCAAGUUUUUGUAAAAAAUGUUCUAAGGCUAAAAGUAUUUGUUAUGUAUUUCUUAGAAGUCGGCAAGCUUUUUCAAAAUUGUUUUGAAUGGGAGUCAAAACUACAAAGUUUUGCGGCAUUGGUAGUUUGGGUUAUACUUUGCUACUAUUUCCAGCCAUGGAUGUUUCCGAUAUUAGUUCUCUUGGUAUUCUUAAAACAGUAUAUAGUACGAUCUUUAUCAGGACCUUUACAAGUUCCUUGGGAUGAAUCGCAGGAUUCAGAUGGAGAAGACGACGACGAAGAAGACAAAGAGAAAGAAGAAAAGAAAAGUCUGAAAGAACGCUUGCAGGCGAUUCAAGAAGUAACGCAGGGUGUUCAGAAUGCGAUUGGACGGAUUGCAUCGUUGUUGGAAGGUAUUAAAAAUAUGUUCAACUUCACAGUUCCUUACUUAUCAUGCAUAGCCAUAUUCCUGCUGGUUGUAGCGACGGUAGUCUUGUACAUCCUGCCAAUUAGGUACUUACUAAUGUUGUGGGGUAUUAACAAAUUCUUUAGAAGGAUAUUGAGACCUCAUUCAGUGCCCAAUAAUGAAAUUCUCGACCUUUUGUCGAGAAUUCCAGACGACGAGAUGUUGGUGAGUGAUUUUAAAUAUUUAAAAUAA